GAUCUUUUCUGGGGCCUGGUAUUGAAUUCAAAGAGUGCAAUGCUGCCGACUUGCCGAUGGGAGGCCCAGCAGCCAUCAUGUCGCAGGAUGAAGAGGCCCGGACGAUCAUCAAGGAUGCAUCCUUCAUAAACUGUUCGGGUCCUUCCGGCCUAGCUGUGGAGAGCUUUGGAUACCUCGUUGUGCAACGAACACGCUUCACCGGUACCUUGCAUGUCCUUCAAUCGAACGUGUCGCUGAGUGCCAGCCACGUGGACUGCCUUGAUGCUG